ACAUAAGUUUAUAAAAAAUUGAGGUGAUAGGUGGUUGGCAAUGUCUUCUAAAAUCUUCUUAAUUUUUGCACUUGCAAUUUCUGCAAUUUUUGCUGAAAACGAUGUUGGAUUUAAGUUUUUAUCAUCUGAAAUAGUACCUGAUGUUAUCCCCAGUCCUCCGACAGUUUUAUUGGAAGUAAAAUAUCCCAGUGGAGUGAAAGUGAAUUAUGGUAAUGAAUUGACCCCUACAGAGGUCAAAGAUGUCCCUUAUGUAAGUUGGAAGGCCAACCCUGAAGAUUUCUAUACACUAAGCCUAGUGGAUCCAGAUAUACCGACUCGAAAAAAUCCUCAAUUUGCCCAAAUUAAGAAUUGGUUGGUGGUUAAUAUUCCGGGCUGUAAUUUAACUGAAGGAGAAACAAUUGUCGAAUAUAUUGGUGCUGGACCUUAUAAAGAUACAGAUUUUCAUCGUUUUGUAUUCCUCCUCUUCAGGCAACCAUUUGGCAAAAUAGAUUUCUCACCCGAAGGAAAAACUUCUAUGACGGACCAGGAAGGUCGUCGUUUAUUUUCAAUAAGGAAUUUUGCAGAAAAAUAUUCAUUGGAAAUUUAUGCUGGAAAUUUCUUUCAAGCGCAAUAUGAUGAUUAUGUGCCAAUUUUAAUAGCACAAUUGCAUCCUGAAUUGGCAAUACAAUCUUAAAAAAAUGUUAACUAAAAAUCAUUAAAACAUUUAUCAUAUGAAUGGGAUAUUUACAUGCUUGGAAGUGGGAUUAAUGAUGUAUAAAAAACUAUUGUAAACAAGAAGUGCAAUAAAAUCAUUAUGAUUUU